CACAUUUCUCACACUCAUACACACACACACACAGAAACAUAUUCCUUUCCAUUCAUUGAAACCUUAAAAAAAAAAAAAAACAUGUUAACACUUCAAUCACCAGUCACCCAAACCAACCUCGUCCGGCCAAAAACCGGCCGCCGUCCUCUCCAGCCAAUCAAAUCUCAAACCAACAUCCCACAAAUCGAACCCACAUAUCGAAAAGCAAGCCAAAUAAUCGAGAUCACCAACGACGAUUCCAAUAAAGAAAACCCGGGUCAGAAACAAACCGAAAAACAAAAUGUGGGUUCUGUUGUUGAAGAUCCGGUUGUCCGAAUCGAGCAGUUUGAAGUGUCGUUGGCGGAUGAGCUGAUUGCGAUUCGCGAGAAAAUGGAGAGGUUAAGAUUGGAUAAAGAAAAGACGGAAAAUAUGUUGAAGGAAAGGGAAUUAAUGAUGGAUUUGAAAAUGAAGGAAAUCGAACAGAGAGGGGAGAUUCAGAAGGUGUUUGAGAUUGAAGUCGAUCGUCUUUAUCGAUUAAAUGAGCUCAGAUCAUUAUGUAAUAGGAUACUUCCUAUUAGAUCGUUGCGAGAAAAGGAACAAGAAAAGAUUAAACCAGAUAAAUCAGAGGGGGAAAAGGCAGAAGAAAUUAAAGAAGAAGAAAAGGCAAAGAAGAAUCCUUGUGGGGUAGUUGAUUUAAAGAAAUGAAAUGAUUAGUGAUGUUUUGGGUUUUUUGAAUUUUUGGUGUGUUGUUUGGGUCAACAAAGAAGAAAAUUAUAUAGUGGGUAUAAUAGCUUGUUGUAUUCAUGACUUUGAAGAAAAGAGUAGUAUUUGUGUUGUGUGAUCA